AGGGGGGGGGGGAGAGGAAGGAGAAUAGUGACGCAUUUCCCGUUCUGACCUCACUUCCGGAGGAGGGCCCUGUCCCUUUUUGGCGGGAAAAGGCAUAGAGAAGGCGGAAGAGGACUAAGGAGGGGAUACCCCCUGAAUAAAUCUUAUGAAGAAAUCUCUGACACUUCUCCUGGGAUUGCACUAUUUCCAAAUUGACUUCCAAGGCUCACAGCUAUAAAAGCAACAAGGAAAUAAUUCGGCAAAAAACCCCCACAAUCCAUCAUCCUGUAGAAUCAAAGGAGAAAAACAAAUGUGUGUGGUGUAAAGAUAGCGGAUUGGAAAAAAGGACAACAAAAGACUGGGGACCAGAAAUGCUGUAUUCUUUGAGAUGUUCAUAUUUGUAAAAUUCUCACUUAAUAUCCAAAUUCUGACUUAAUAUCUAGAUCCCAUAGAUUCAUUCUCCAGUGGUAUGGAACAUGCAAAGAGCCUACGUCUGAAAACUAUUCUUUCCAGACAUCAAGAAACUCACACAGAGGAAAAACCAUAUAAAUGCAUGAAAUGUGGAAAGAACUUCUCUACCAGUGGAAGUCUACGUUGCCAUCAAAGAACCCACACAGGAGAAAAAUCAUAUAAAUGCAUUGAAUGUGGAAAGACCUUCACUACCAUUGAAGGUCUCCAUUUCCAUCAAAUGACCUACACAGGGGAGAAACCAUAUAUAUGCAUGGAAUGUGGAAAGAGUUUCACUCGGAGUGACAAGCUGCAUGACCAUCAAAAGACCCACACAGGAGAGAAGCCACAUACAUGUAUGGAAUGUGGAAAGAACUUCACUCGGAUUGACAAGCUGCGUGGCCAUCAAAAGACCCACACAGGGGAGAAGCCACAUACAUGUAUGGAAUGUGGAAAGAGCUUCACUCAGAGUGACAAGCUGCGUUACCAUCUAAAGACCCACACAGGGGAGAAGCCACAUACAUGUAUGGAAUGUGGGAGGACCUUCUCUCGGAGUGACAACCUACGUACACAUCUAAGGACCCACACAGGGGAGAAACCAUAUACAUGCAUAGACUGUGGAAAGAGCUUCACUCGGAGUGACAAGCUGCGUGACCAUCAAAAGACCCACACAGGGGAGAAGCCACAUAGAAGUAUGGAAUGUGGAAAGAGCUUCAUCCGGAGUGACAAGCUGCGUGACCAUCAAAAGACCCACACAGUGGAGAAACCAUAUAAAUGUAGAGAAUGUGGAAAGAGCUUCACUCAGAAUGACAAGCUGCAUGACCAUCAAAAGAUCCACACAGGGGAGAAACCAUAUACAUUCAUAGAAUGUGGAAAGAGCUUCAUUCGGAGUGACAAGCUGCGUGACCAUCAAAAAACCCACACAGGGAAGAAGCCACAUACAUGUAUCGAAUGUGGGAGGACCUUCUCUCGGAGUGACAACCUACGUACUCAUCUAAGAACCCACACAGGGGAGAAACCAUAUAUAUGCAUAGACUGUGGAAAGACCUUCACUCGGAGUGACAAGCUGCGUGACCAUCAAAAGUCCCACACAGGGAAGAAACCAUAUACAUUCACAGAAUGUGGAAAGAGCUGCACUCAGAGUGACAAGCUGCGUUACCAUCUAAAGACCCACUCAGGGGAGAAGCCACAUACAUGUAUGGAAUGUGGGAGGACCUUCUCUCGGAGUGACAACCUACGUACUCAUCUAAGGACCCACACAGGGAAAAGGCCAUACAAAUGUGUAGAAUGUGGAAAAAGCUUUAGUGAUAGUAGAUAUCUGUGUUGCCAUCAAAGAAUCCACACAGGAGAGAAGCAAUGGAAUGUGUAGAAUGUGGAAAGAGCUUUAGUGAUAGUGGAUAUCUGCAUUGCCAUUAAAGAACCCACAAAGGAGAAAAGACAUACAAAUGCAUGGAAUGUGGAAAGAGCUUCAGUCACAGUGGAAGUCUGUGUUACCAUCAAAGGACCCACACAAGGGAGAAGCCAUACUAAUGCAUAGAAUGCAGCAAGAGCUUCACUAUUAGUAAGGCAUGCACCAGACAUUAAAGAUGAGAAGACUUAAAAAUCAUGGAGCAUGGAAGGAACUUCAGUAAUAGCAGAGUCUGCACUAUAUAUUAAGGAAAGGAGUUGGUUUACUUAAAGCUUUUUUGUUUUGUGGAUUGUUUUUUGCAUUCAUUUUUUCAAUAAAUUGUAUUAUCAUUUUAAAACAGAACUCACAUGGUGAAGUAGCCAUAGAUAGGCUUAGAUUUUGGAAAGCGCUAACUCAGAGUGGAAUUCUGCAUUCCUGUGAAAAGACAUACUUUGUGUGUUCCUGUAUGGCAGGAGUUUAGACUGGAUGCCCUUGUGGUCUCACCUAACUAUCAAAGUAUUCUAUGAAAAGUAACCAGGAACUCAAUUCUAAUGCAAAUGUAGUAAAACAUUUUGUAGCACCUCUUCCAGGACUCCGGGUAAAUGAGAUUCUAUAACUCACUAGCAGAGGAGUAUUCCUAUUGAAUUUCCAAUGGUCGAGUUUUAAACUAAUGAUGCUUGCUGAUGUAUUUUAUGAAUGUAAUUGUACUGUUAUUGUUUUAAUUAUAUAUGCUGUUGUCAUAUUGUUUUAUCUGUUGAUUUGGGCUUGGUCCCCAUGUGAACCGCUCCGAGUCCCCUCGGAGAGAUGAAAGCGGAUUAUAAAUAAAAUUUUAUUAUUUAUUAUUAUUAAAUUUAAAUUAAGAAAGCCAGAAUAGUAAGCAUCUGCAAGUGAAGACUUCCCCUCUAGCAUCUAAGAACUAAUAAGAAAGGUCAGGAAAGGCUAUUGCAGCUUGGAAGUUUGGUCCUAGGCCCCUUCUACACUGCCAUAUAGUCCAGAUUAUCAAAGCAGAUAAAUCCACAUUAUCUGCUUUGUACUGGACUAUAUUAUCUAUUUCAGAGAUUUCUAUACCGCCUUUCUCCAGAGCGGACCCAAGGAGGCUCACAUCAUCUUAAAAAUAUACAUAAUAACAUAAAACCAUUAACUAAAACAGAUAAUAAAAGUUCCAAGAAUGCUCCUUAGCAACUUCCAUAUUAUAAACAAAGUUAAACUCAGUCUAAAAUUCCCCAUACGAUUGUAAAGUGCCUGCUUUCAGUUAAAAGCUGAUUCAAAAAGGAAAGUCUCCACAUCUUUCCUAAAUGACUUAAGGGUGGGAGCCCAUCUAAUUUCCUCCAGCAGCGAGAUCCAUAGCUUUGGAGCCGCACCCAAGAAUGUGCCAUCUCUAGUGGUUUUUAAAUGCAUGUUGGCCCUGAACUGUGUGGUAAUGAGGUCUUAAAGGUCUGCCCAGUCUGUAUUGGAGGACACGGUAUCUCAAGUUACCUGGACUGAAGCUGUGUGGGGCUUUAUAGGUUAAAAUCAGCACCUUGAAUUGGGCCUGGAAACAAAUCUGAAGCCAAUGGAGCUGUUUCAGUAGGGUGGUGGUGUCAGCUCCAGUACGUAACCUGGCUGCUGUUCUCUGGAAAUGUGGAAUUUUUUGGACACUUUUCAAGGGCGGUUCCACGUAGAAUGCAUUACAGUUGUCCAAGUGGGAUGUAACCAGUGCAUGUAACACUGGCCAAGUCAGAUUUCACCAGGAAUGGGCACAGUUGGUAAUGAGCUUACACUGCAAGAUAAUCCAAUUCAAAGCAGAUAAUCAGGAUUUUAUAUGGCAGUGCAAAAGUAUAAAUUUAUAUUGUUUACUUUAUAUUCAGCCAUAACCUCAAGGAAGUGAAUAUUUGAAGGGACGCAGAAAGAAUUUACACUGGAGUUCCAUUGUGUGACUGAGCAAAAUAGAUGCCAUAAAACUGAUAACUGAAGUAACUCAAACUCUUAAUGAAUUGAGGAUGAUGAGGAAAGGACUUAUUAGUUGAAAAAAUAGAGAUAUGCACCUCCAUGAAAAAACUGAUUAAGGUGCUAACUCAGAUGAAGCAGAAACAAGAACCCAGGGCUCAGAUUCAGGCAGAAAUGUCAAAAGAAAGGAAAACGGGAGGGAUUAUUAGAUGUAGCAGUGACAGUGACAGAAUUCAAGGAAAGAUAAUUCUAGGGAGCUCAAGGUCUUUUAGAACAGCAGGAGGAUGUCAGCUAUAUAAAUAAAAAUGUAAUGUCUGUCUGUGGGGACCUCAUAUUUCCCAAACCACUUCAAGGAUUACCACGAAAUUUGGGCACAAUGCAACCAUUGAACAGGCAAAGAUUUUAGGGUCAUCAAAAUCCAACUACAAUACAGAUGUCACACCUAAAACAGGUAAAAACAUGUCCCACUUAAAAAACAGCGCCUGGGCAACUGCAAAGAUUCUAAAUCUUACAUCUCCCGUCCUCUCUCCCUCCGCGCUCCCUGAUGGGCCAGAGGAGAAAGCUCCCACCUUAACUAAUGAUUGCCUCUCUCUCCCUACUGGAUGCCAGAGGUGGCAGUUGCCUCACCAACAGGAAGGAAAAGAAGGAAGAGGGCAGGGACUCUGAAGGCCUUUUGGAAGGAAUUCAAUUGAGAAGGCCAAGGAGGCAGUCUUCAAGGCUGCGGAGAGAGAAGGACCUCGGGAGGGCUGGAGGAGGAAGGCCAGGCAAGAAGAUACAGUCAAAGCCCUCCAGACGGCCAGCUAGUCAUAGAUAGGAUAGACUCGUACACACAUACACAACAGAUCAUUGAUCAGGAAGAGACCCCAAGGGGCCAUCCUAUCCAACUCUCUUCUGCCAUGCAGGCAGACACCAUCGAUGCCCUCCAGACAGAUAGCCAGUCAGAUAGGACAGACUCACACGCACAUACACGACAGAUAUCUUACCCUUUUCACCACACUGGGCCACAGCAAUGCGCGGCCGGGUACAGCUAGUUUAUGAUAAAAUAACUGAAACCCUGGCUUAUUUUUUGAAGUUUGGUAUCAAAGUUUCAGCUGUGAGGUAGAUAAGAUCUAUCAACUGAAUCACUAUAUGACCAAACAGAAAAACCAGUGCAGAAAAGUGGUGGGUAAUUUAGUGAUACAGUAUAUCUGAAUUGUGAUUUGAUUCUGCAACAACUGAGCAUCUAAGUGAUGAGAUACGGGAACAGGAUUGUGGGUCAAAUACAUGAAGAAAAAAAAUAUAAAGAGGAGAUGAAGUGUUAUGAAAAUAGUUGAUGAAGAUUUGUGAAUUAGCUGAGAUAAGUAAAUUGAUGAGGCUGACUAAUGGGAAAUAUUUGUUCAACUUUAAGAAAGAUUGUCAGUUUUGAGAUGAAUGAAUAAGAGAUUUAUGUCAUUUAAAGUGGAAGUGUGAGAAAAGUAAUAGACGAAUAAGAGAUGUACCUUCCAGAUAAGGGUGAGAUAAUAAUUUUGUUCUUUGGUUUUGCACGUAUGCAUUUAUUUGUGUGUUUUUGUUGUAGUUGUCGUAGGUUAGAGGUAGAUGCAUAGUUGUUAAACUCAUAACCAAAAACCUUGUUUGUACAUUUUAUGAUUCUUGUAUAACCAUAUUAGGAGAUUAGGAAAGCCCCCUCACUCAUGUCUUUCAGGAAACAGCUGAAGACCUGGCUGUGGGAUCAAGCAUUUGGCCCAUCCUAAGAUAUGAGCUGAUAUGACCUGAUGGAUUAAUAUUAAUUCGAACACAGACUGGCUCCAACUUUGGCUUGAAACUUCCCCUUUUGUAAUGGUCACAUGGUUUUAAUUCCUUUAAUUUGAUUUGGAUACUGGCUUUUAUUUGUGUUUUAUGUUUGGUUUUUCUACAUGUUGUAUUAUAUGUGGCAUUUAAUUCUGCCAUUAUGUAAGACCGCUCUUGGUCCCCUGGGGAAGAAGAGUGGUAUAUAAAAUAAGUAAAUAAAUAAAUAAAUAUUGAAUGAUUGCCAAAGUUUGUAAGCCACCCUGAGUCCCCCUUUGGGGGUGAGAACUGCCUUUGAAGAUGACUCAGAAACUGCAGUUAGCGCAAAGGUCAGCAGCCAGAUUACUAAUCGGGGCAAGCUUUAGAAAGCAUACCACGUCCAUCCUCAAACAUCUCCACUGGCUCCCGACAAGUUUCCAGGUCCAAUUCAAAGAGCAGGUGAUUACUUAUAAAGCUUUAUACGCUUCAGGUCCAACCUGUCUUUGAGACCACAUCUCUUUCUAUGAACCGGUGUAGGCAUUGAGAUCUGCUGGGAAGGCCCUUCUCUUGGUCCCACCAGCAUCCCAAAUACAGUUGGUAGGGAUGAGAGAGAGGUCCUUCUCGGUGGUGGCACCCCAGCUCUGGAAUGCCCUCCCUAGAGAGAUCAGGCUAGCCCCCUCACUUUAAGCCUUCCAUUCCAGUUUAAUAUGGCUUUUUAAUCAAGCCUUUGAUCUUACGUAGAUUUGUAGGAUUAGUGUUGAUGUCAUGUCACCUUGACGUGGUGAGGGGGCUUGCGUGUUUCAAUGAACCUGUGGGCACAACCAAGGGAGUCACACCUAGGAGUGGCCACAGGGGGGGGAUCCAGACCAAGAAAAAUCCAAAGACCUCAACGGCGGAGCAGGCGGAGGAUAACAUGGUACAUUUAUUUUAUUUAUUUUAUUUACAGUAUUUAUAUUCCGCCCUUCUCACCCCGAAGGGGACUCAGGGCGGAUCACAUUAUAACACACAUAGGGCAAACAUUCAAUGCCCAUAAACACAUCAAACAGACUGAGAGACACACGCAGAGGCAAGUUAACCUUCUGAGGGGAUGUUCGAUUCUGGCCACAGGGGGAGCAGCUGCUUCAUCAUCCACACUGACGGCACUUCCUCAUUCCAGGUCGUAAAUUAGUUAAUCUUGCCUCCCCACUUUAUAAGUGGUACCUUAUCUCCUACUUGAUAGAUGCAACUAUCUUUCGGGUUGCUAGGUCAGCAACGAGCAGGGGCUAUUUUUUAUUUUUAAUUGACGGGUGCUCACCCCGCCACGGGCUGGCCUCGAACUCAUGACCUCAUGGUCAGAGUGAUUUAAGGCAGCUGCUCAACAGCUGCGCCACAGCCCGGCCCAUGUGGUACAUGUUACAACGGCUGUGAAGGCGGAAGAAGGCUGCAACAGACUGAGAAGCCACUCUCGUUGUGUUAAUCACACCACUGCUGGGACCUUAAUCUAUGAAGACUGUGUUGAUCAGCCGUGCACUGACCUCCACACAUUAAAAAAAAAUCACGCAUAGGCGUCCUCCAAGAAAUGAAGGACCAUCAUCCUCAAACUACGAGGGAUCGCCUAAGUAACUGAGCAGUGUCAAUUGGAAACAACUUGUUUUUAUCCGCAGCUAUGACUGCAUUUUAUGAAUUUUAGUGUUUUACAUUGUAAUUAUGUAUGUUUGUGGUUGUAAUUCUAUGGUUUUAUCCUUUUACAUUUAUCUAUUGUCUAUAUGUGGCGCUUCACUGUAUUUUCUUAGCUGCCCCACGUCCCUCCGGGGAGAUGGUGGCAGGGUAGAAAUAAAAUUCAUUAUUAAAAUUUA